CCUGAGCUUGAGUCUCUGCUGCGGGACGAUCGCCGAGGAGCCGGCCUUUGACAGUGUCUGCGGUUUACCGGGUUGGGAGAGCUGGUCCACGACUCUCGGAUACUGUCUAUACGUAAUGGCCUGCCUCGGGGAACCCUGCCCCUCUGCCUGAAUGUUAAACCAAAGUGCCUUUGUUCAGGGAAACAUCCGGACCCUGUCCACCUGUGGAUGGCUACAAGAAAGAAGAAAUUAACACCUCCCCUCCCCGAGGCUGGCCAUUCCAGUGCAGGGAUAAUGCUGAAAGGAAUGACAAGGCUUAUCUCCAGGGUCCAUAAGUUGGACCCUGGACGUUUUUUGCACAUAGGGACCCAGGCACCCCAAUGCCUUGCUGCUCACCUGGAUAACCAGGUUGCAAUUGAGAGUCCCAGAGCUAUUUCCCGCACCAGUGAGAAUGAUCCGGCCAAGCAUGGGGAGCAGCAUGAGGGUCAGCACUACAACAUAUCCUUCCAAGAUCUGAAGACUGUAUUCCCCCAUGGCCUGCCUCCUCGCUUUGUAAUGCAGGUGAAGACAUUCAAUGAAGCUUGCCUGAUGGUAAGGAGACCAGCCCUAGAGCUUCUGCAUUACCUGAAAAACACCAAUUUUGCUCAUCCAGCUGUACGAUACGUUUUCUAUGGCGAGAAGGGAACAGGAAAAACCCUCAGUCUUUGCCAUGUUAUUCAUUUCUGUGCAAAACAGGAUUGGCUGAUACUACAUAUUCCAGAUGCUCAUCUUUGGGUGAAAAACUGCCGGGAUCUUCUGCAGUCCACCUACAACAAACAGCGCUUUGAUCAACCUUUAGAGGCUUCAACCUGGCUGAAGAAUUUCAAAACUGCAAAUGAGCAUUUCUUGAGUCAGAUAAAAGUUCAAGAGAAGUAUGUCUGGAAUAAGCGAGAAAGCACUGAGAAAGGCAGUCCUCUGGGAGAAGUAGUUGAACAGGGCAUAAUGCGGGUGAGGAAUGCCACAGAUGCAGCUGGGAUUGUGCUCAAAGAGCUAAAGAGGCAAAGUUCUUUGGGUAUUUUUCGCCUCCUGGUGGCAGUGGAUGGAGUCAAUGCUCUCUGGGGAAGGACCACACUGAAAAGAGAAGAUAAAAGCCCGAUUGCCCCAGAAGAACUAGCAUUUAUUUACAACCUGAGGAAAAUGGUGAAAAAUGAUUGGCAAGGAGGCGCCAUUGUGUUGACUGUGAGCCAGACUGGGUCUCUCUUUAAGCCCCGGAAAGCCUAUCUGCCCCAGGAGUUGCUGGGAAAGGAAGGAUUUGACGCCCUGGAUCCCUUUAUUCCCAUCCUGGUUUCCAACUAUAACCCAAAGGAAUUUGAAAGUUGUAUUCACUAUUAUUUGGAGAACAAUUGGCUUCAACAUGAGAAAGCUCAUACAGAAGAAGGGAAGAAGGAGCUGCUGUUCCUAAGUAAUAGGAAUCCUGGGCAGCUGGAGCGGCUCUGUGCCUACCUCUAAGCCAUGGUCACAAGGUAUCUUGGAAAUUGUACUUGUCAGGAGUUUUUCUUAUAAAUCGAGUGCCUGCUCUAAGGAAUUUAAAAAGAAAAGGAAAUAGGUAACACACAGAACCUCCAAGAGGGACACUGUCACAAGCUCAGCAGCCACGGACAACAUCCUAACCACAACAGGGGAGGAUCUGCUGUGAUAAAGUCACCAGUGCUACUAUGAACACUGACACUGCAGCCUAUACUAAUGAUAAUGGCAGCUAGCCCCCAGAAACUGCAGUGCUGCUGCCUCCCAAAAAAAGCAAGAUGCCACUGCUCUUACCCUUACCAGAUACUUACUGGACAGGACCUGAAUCUGAUUGACAAGCCUGAUCCUUAACUGUAAAUGAGGCUGGGACAUUGGCUUCCAUCUUUGGAAGGCCAAGCUCAUAAUCAAUAUGCCUUAUUCUCUUUCAUGAAUGUGGAAUAGUAAGCUGUAUGACUGUACUAUCAUUUAUGUACAAAAUCCUUACUGAAGAAUUGCCUCAUUACUUUUGCAAUUUGCUAAAUACGGAUUCUUAAUUUUUUUUUAAAUACUCUAUCAUAAUCUAUCCUAUCCAGUCCCCUUUUUUUCUUAAGAUCCUUCUACUGCAGACCUGAUCCUCAUGCCCCAAUUUUUUUUGUCUCCAUGCUAAGCCUGCUGCACAGCUGGUCUCUUGGGGCCUUUCUUCAUCACUCAGGUAGACUGAAUUCAGAAUGAAAAGUAAGAAGCAAAACUGUCUUUAUUUCCAGAUGAUAUAUUCCUGUAUAUAGAAAACCUUAGGAAAUCUCAAAAUAAUCUACUAGAACUAAAAACAAGUUCAACAAGGUCACAACAAUACUACAAGAUUUUUUUGUUGUUGUUAAAUAAAUUUUUUUAUUUUAUGAUUUUAUUUUAUUUAUUUAUUGUUUCUGGCUGCGUUGGGUCUUUGUUGCUGCGCACGGGUUUUUCUCUGGUUGCGGCGAGUGGGGGCUACUCAUUGCAGUGGCUUCUCUUGUUGCGGAGCACGGGCUCUAGGCAUGCGGGCUUCAGCGGUUGUGGCAUGUGGACUCAGUAGUUGUGGCU